CAUUGAGUGACGCAGGUGAGCUUCUUCAUCCAGGAAACAUUUCUGUUGUUUAUUCUUUCGAUUUCGAAACUUCAGAGUGCUGAAAAAUGGCGUCCAGUUCAGCAGUUGGCAGACACAGUCCAGAGCUUGAGCGUCCCAACAUGAACUUGACAAGAAUUGUACUCCUGGGGAAGAGUGGUGUUGGAAAGAGUGCCGUUGGAAACACAAUACUGGGACAGGAAGUGUUUAAAUCUGAGAUGAGCAGAAGUUCAGUGACCCGUGAAUGUUCAGAGAAACACGGCAAUAUUUCAGACAGAAAUGUGUCUGUAGUUGAUACACCUGGAUUAUUUGAUACACACAUGAAUCCUGAAGAUUUCGUGACUGAGAUUGGGAGAAGUGUUUAUUUAUCCAGUCCUGGACCGCACGCUUUUCUCAUCGUGUUUCCUCUGAAUAUAGGAUUCAUUCAGCAGUAUGAGAAGAUUCUUCCUAUGAUUGAAACACUGUUUGGAAAAGAAGUGUUAAAAUACUCCAUCAUUCUCUUCACUCAUGCUGAACAUUUGAGAGGACAAAACAUAGAAAAAACCAUUGAGAGAAUCUAUUCAUUAAGAUCAGUAGUUGAUCAGUGUGGAGGCGGAUAUCAUGUGUUUAAUAAUAAAUAUCAGAAUAACAGAGAUCAGGUGACUGAACUACUGCAGAAGAUUGACACAAUGAUACAGCAGAAUGGAGGAGGACAUUACACUCAUCAGAUGUAUCGAGAUGCUCAGAGAUUUAAACCAGAGAAAGAGAAGAGACUGAGAGAGGAAGAUGAGAGAAGACAACAGGAGGAGAGACAAAGACAAAAGAGGAUUGAGAGAAUGAGGGAGGAGAUGGAGGAAAACUUAAGAGAAGAGUUAGAAGAUAAAUCUACAUCACACAGUCAGAAGGAAGCAAGCAGUGGAUAUAAAUCCUUUUUUUUCAAGUUAAAGGACUAUAUUUAUGCAAAUGGCAGUGGAGCUGUUGCUGUAGCUGUUGCUGUAGCUGUUGCUGGUGGAGCUGGAGCUGCUGGAGCUGGAGCUCUUUGUGGAGCUGCUGCUGCUGGAGCUGCUGCUGGAGCUGUUGCUGUAGCUGUUGCUGCUGUUGGUGGAGCUGCUGCUGCUGCUGGAGCUGUUGGUGGAGCUGGAGCUGUUGGUGGAGCAGCUGGAGCUGUUGGUGGAGCUGCUUUAGCUGGAGCUCUUUGUCGAGCUGCUGCUGCUGGAGCUGUUGGUGAAGCUGCAGCUGUUCGUGGAGCUGCUGGAGCUGUUAUUGGGGCUGUUAUUGGGGCUGUUAUUGGGGCUGUUAUUGGAGCUGUUAUUGGAGCUGUUAUUGGAGCUGUUCGUGGAGCUGUUGAUGGUACUUUUGAUGGUGAAACUUUUGCUGACCCUGUUCAUGGAGCCAGUGGUGUGCACAGACCUCAGUAUGGACGGGGGCAGAAGGAUGAAUAAAUGGCACUGAUUUGAUAUAGGGACAAACCACAAACCAGCGACAGGGUGUUGGGUGCCCAAGGCUCAUUAAGCACGAGGGCAAUGAAGUCUGUCCGUUCUGUUUUGACUCGUGUACUGUAUUUAUGUGUGUGCAUUUUCCAUUUCCCUGUUUGAUUUUUAUCUAGUUGCAAAUAAACAUGAAAUCUUUGUCUAAGUGUCCUUAAAGCUGCACUAUGAAAUAUUUUUAGGUUAAAAAUUAAAAAUAAAAUAAAAAUCCAUUAUUGAGUGAGAACAUAAAAACAAAUCAGCGUUCAAACCCGUCAUUGCCUUACCCAGAUUUACAACACUAAGCCUACUUAAAUUAUUUGAUUUAUGAGUAUUUAUACCCAGAUAGAAAAAUUGUUGUGGCCCAGAUCCGGCCCACACUUGACACUUUCAUCUGGCCCACAUACCACGUGGAAUGAUGGCACUUGGGCGGUCCGCUCCUGUUUGCCAGAUUUGGGCCACAAUCAAGCCGUAGCAAUGCCGCAUGUCAGCCAUGAACAAAACAAAUGAAGCAGAACUGGCCCACAUCUGGGCAACAGGUUAUUUUAAUUCUGGCCCAGAUCCAGCCCAGACCUAAAACCUUGCUCUGGCCCACAUACCGCAUGGAAUGAUGGCACUUCAGUGGCCCACUCCUGUUUGCCAGAUAUGGGCCAGAAUCGAGCCAUUGCAAUGCCGCAUUUCAGCCAUAAACAAAACAAA